UUAAACAAAAUUUAUGUCUCGAAUUUUGAAGGUUUCGUAUUUAUUUUAGUUCAUUAUUGCACAAAUUUAAUUAAACAAACAAGAAGUUAAAUUUUGAGUGGUUAUGGAAAAAAAGAGACACAAAUGAGAUUUGAUCUACGGAAUCAGUGAAUCCCAAUUCAAAUAAGUCCUUGCAUGGAUUUAAUUAGAAAUGAUUUUUAGUCAACAUUUAGAACUUAGAAUAUCCAAGCCGUACAAGAAAGAAAUGGACACGAAGAAUACCAUCCGAGACCAAUGUGUACACACCCCUAAUAAACAAAACCCAUGUGUCCAAGACCAAAACCCCACUAAAUAUAUUAUAUGCAAGUUAUUAUAGCAAGCCUUUGUUAUAUAACUCCCCCUUUGCUUGCACCUGUUUUUCAUCAUUAAUAUCCCCAUUACUAGCUGCUACUUCCACCUGUGACCUAUGGCAUCCACAAGCUCUUUCAUAACAACAUCACCACUCAGAGUUUCAAGCCAAAUAAGCUGUCGUUCCCCUUCCCAACAAACUCAAGCACAAUUGGGUUUUAACAUCUCAAACUCCUUUCCCAUUCUUAAACUCUCAUCAUCAUCAUCAUCAACGCCAAAAAAUAACUCAACCAACUUCACCACCAAAGCUUUUUUCUUCCAAAAGGAGAAAACCUCAUCAUCCAACUCUUCUAGACCCACAAAAGUUCAAGAGUUACACGUGUACGAGAUCAACGAGCGAGACAGGGGAAGCCCGGUCCUUCUUAAGCUGGCUCAAAAAUCGGCCAACUCGCUCGGCGACUUGGUACCGUUCACCAACAAGAUCUACUCCGGCGACUUGGAGAAGCGUCUGGGUAUAACCUCCGGUAUCUGCAUCCUCAUCCAACACGUGCCCGACAAACACGGGGACAGGUACGAGGCCAUCUACAGCUUCUACUUCGGCGACUACGGUCAUCUGUCCGUACAGGGACCCUACUUGUCGUACGAGGACUCUUACUUGGCCGUCACCGGCGGCUCCGGGGUGUUUGAGGGGGCGUACGGACAGGUCAAGCUCCGGCAGCUGGUGUAUCCCUUCAAGAUUUUCUACACGUUUUACCUCAAGGGCAUUCCUGAUUUGCCGACGGAGCUCGUCGGAAAGUCCCCCGUAGCGCCGUCUCCUGACGUGGAGCCAUCUCCCGCUGCCAAGGCGGGGGAGUCUCAUGCCAUUAUUCCUAGCUUCACCAACUGAUGAUGUUGAAGAAUAAUUACGAGGAGUUUAAUCGAUCAGUUUUUUUUUUUUAAAUAUAUAAUGUUGCGUGUUCAUGAUUUCAUUAUUAAGAGUUGGGGCAUUUGGGAAAUUUUUUAAACAUAACACAGAUUUUUCUAUAAUUUAAAUUUUUUUUAUUACA